CCCUCGUCGUUCCCAUUUUCUCACGCUUCCCGCAAACUCUUCAAUGGCGAUCUCGCGCUCCUCUCCAUCCAAACCCUAGCUUCUCCUCCCCCUUCUUCGAUUCCCCAAGCCUAUAAACCCUAGCCUCUCAUUGGUGCUGCAACAAUGUCUCUCCAUCCAAAACCCGCUGCACUCCUCGGCGCAGUCCGAUAUCGACGAGAUCGAGAACCUCAUGUACGCCGCCCCCGUCCUCCCCGCCCGCUCCCCGAGCCCUCCUCGCGCCUCCAUCCCCGUAUCAUCCACCCCCUUCGUCCCCUCCAACCUCCCUCCCCCGUCCUACACCAAGCCAACGCCACCGGCCCCGCCUCCCAUUGCUCCGGUUCUCCCCCCAAUCUCGUCUGGCGGUGCCCCUGGGGCGCCACGUCCGGGGAUCUCGGUGGAUGGUUUCGGAUCGCCGCCCAACACGCUGACGGAGCCGGUGUGGGACACGGUGAACAGGGAUCUGUCGCGGAUCGUGAGCAAUUUGAAGCUGGUUGUGUUCCCAAAUCCGUCUCGCGAGGAUCCUGGGAAGGCGCUGCGGGAUUGGGACCUAUGGGGACCUUUCUUCUUCAUCGUGUUCCUGGGCCUCAUCUUGUCAUGGUCUGCAUCUGUGAAGAAGUCUGAAGUUUUCGCUGUUGCAUUUGCUGUUCUUGCUGCGGGGGCUGUUAUUCUCACAUUGAAUGUGGUGCUUCUGGGUGGGCACAUCAUCUUCUUUCAAAGUCUAAGUCUUCUUGGUUACUGUCUCUUCCCAUUGGAUGUCGGAGCUUUAAUAUGCAUGCUGAAAGACAAUGUGAUUCUCAAGAUAGUUGUGGUGUCCAUAACAUUGGCAUGGAGUUCCUGGGCAGCAUACCCAUUCAUGAGUGCUGCUGUUGGACCAAACCGCAAGGCCUUGGCUCUUUACCCAGUCUUUCUCAUGUAUAUCUCUGUUGGCUUUUUGAUUAUCGCCAUUGAUUAACCGCUUCAUCAAAUGCUUGUGAACUUGAGUGGUAACGCAAAUUUCUAGAUCCCAUCGGCUUCUUUCUCAUUGGGGGUGCUAUACUAUACAGAUAAAUGUUCAUUCUUGUCAUUGAUGCCUUUUGUUGAUGAUGUUUUUCUUUUUGUGUUCAGGUUUAUUGUAUUCAAAACUUAAAUGAACUACCUUGGACUGUUAAAAAAAGCUCAAUGUAUUUGCUUCAUUGGUAAAGAAUUUGCUUUUUCCUGAGUUGA